CUUUUCCCUCCUUCCUCUUGCCUGACAAUUGGAUGUUGUGGUUGAGGGUGGAGGAACUGGAGCAGAGUGCGCAAAGGUGUGCGAGCGUGUAUCGUGCGCUCCUCGGCUGUGUUUGUGGACCUGACUGGGAUGUAAAGACUGGAUCGCAGUGCGGUUUACUGGGACUCAGAUUCACAGGAGAAAAUUAUGAGUGGUGUCACCGUCUGGAUGGAGGAGGACGACGACAUCGCUCAGGAGGAAUCACAAGCUUCUCCCUCGUGGUCAGAGGAGCGCUGCGAGGAGCUGUGGGACCGCGUGGAGGGAGUACGGCACAAGCUCACGCGGAUCCUCAACCCGGCAAAACUCACGCCGUACCUGCGCCAGUGCAAGGUCAUCGACGAGCAGGAUGAAGAUGAGGUGCUCAACUCCACGCAGUACCCCCUGCGCAUCAGCAAAGCUGGCCGUUUGCUGGACAUCCUGCGCGGUCAGGGCCAGCGAGGUCUUCAGGCCUUCAUGGAGUCACUGGAGUUUUACCAUCCAGAGCAGUAUACACAGCUGACCGGGCAACAGCCAACACACCGAUGCUCCCUCAUACUAGAUGAGGAAGGUCCAGAGGGUUUGACUCAGUUUCUGCUGCUGGAGGUGCGUAAACUGAGGGAGCAGCUUCGAAACAGCCGCAUGUGCGAACGGCGCCUGUCUCAGCGCUGCCGGAUGGCGGAGGAGGAGCGAAGCCGCGCUGAGCGUAAAGCUCAGGAGUUACGCCACGACAAACUACAGCUGGAAAGGCUGCGUCAAGACUGGGAGUUAGCCAGUCGAGAGCUGGGAAAGCUGAAAGACCGACACCUGGAGCAGGCUGUGAAGUACUCCAGAGCCUUGGAGGAUCAAGGCAAAGCCUCAACCAGAGAGAGAGAACUGCUGAGUCAGGUAGAGGAGCUUAAGUCCAGGCUGGCAGCAGGAGAGAAAAAAACAAGUGCUGCCCCUGAUGCCUCUAAAGCUGUAACUGGUUCUACACCUGCUCUACCAGAAAACCUGCCUAAGAAAACUGAGACUACAGGAAGUCAGAUGAAGAACUCGAUCCCACCCACUGGAGUCGUUGCUCUGAUGGAUAUCCUGAAGCAGGACCGCAGGGAGGCUGCCGAGCAGAGACAGGAGUUCUGCGAUAUCAUCACCAAACUACAGAGCGAGCUCCAAAACACUGAAGAGCAAAGGGACAAGUUGGAGUCUCAGUGCGAACAGCUACAGCUGAAGGUGAGGACUCUCCAGCUGGACUGGGAGACAGAGCAGAAGAGGAGUGUGUCCUAUUUCAACCAAAUCAUGGAGCUGGAAAAGGAGAGAGACCAGGCCCUGCGCAGUCGAGACAGCCUGCAGCUUGAGUACACCGACUGUCUGCUGGAUAAGAACCGUCUGCGUAAACGCAUUGCUGAGCUGCAGGCCAACCUGGAGCAGCAGCAGAGAGAGCUGGACAAAGAGAGGGAGAGGAGCCAGGAGAAAAUGGAGCCAAACAGCUCCUGCCUGCACUGUUCCCACCUGUCUCUGUGUAGUGAGGAACAGUGCUUUGGCCCCUGCUGUUCCCCCGGCCUGGAUCUGAGCCCGCAGCCGAGAAGAACCAAUCUGUUACUAAGAAAGGUGCCCUCUAGUGGCCCAGCCAAUGAAAACUCAGAGGAUUCUGGUUCAAACUCAGAGGAGAACCUCUUGCUGUCAACAGAAACCAAUGAAAAGGAAAUAAACCGCCUUUCCACAUUCCCCUUUCCUCCUUGCAUGAACUCCAUCAACCGUCGAGUCAACACAGAGUUUGACUUGGAUUCAUGGGGCAGUGAUGAGAAUGACAACAUUCCAGGUGAGCAGAGUGAGCCUUCUUUGUCAGAUUCGUGGAGCUCCUUGCAGUCUCAUUUUUUCCCCCCUGACCUGGUCAACCUGCCCAUAGUCUCUGCACAGCAGCCCAGUCCCAAAGUGCCCAGGAACCUACACUGCUCACCAUCUCCAAGUCCCCCAACCUCUCCAAAGCACAGGAGACCAAGUCUUGCCGAUGACAUCACCAUCAUUGGAGGAAGCCAAACGGGGAUAUUUGUCAGCCAUGUGAGAGCAGGUUCCCCAGCUGAACAAUGUGGACUGAAGGAGGGCAGCGAGCUGCUGGAGCUGGAGCAAGUCCUGUUUGGUGGGGGAAGUGUGCUGCUGAGUCAGUGCACUGCUGAGGUGGCCCACUUUUCUCUGCAGUGGUGGACCGAGCCGUCAACACUUAAAUUCCAGAGCAACCCAGAGGGGUACUCAAACCUGUCCUCGCAGGUUUCAUCGCCAACUUUUUUGGGUCCCGACUCUUUCUAUGUGCGUGUUAAUCUCAGCAUGGAGCCUCAUGGUGACCCGCCAUCUUUGGGUGUUUCUUGUGAUGACAUUAUACAUGUCACAGAUACAAGGUACAAUGGAAAAUACCAAUGGCGCUGCUCCCUGGUGGACCCGAGCACAGCCAAGCAUUUGCAGACAGGAUCCAUGCCCAACUACAACCGGGCUCAACAGUUGUUACUCAUAAGGUUACGAAAAAUGUCAGUGGAGCAAAAGGACUCUAAGAAGAAGAUGUUCUUAAAGAAAACAUCAGGCCGUGUACGAUUGGUCAAAGCGGUGGAUCCAAACUGCCGUGGGAUUGGUUCCACACAACAGGUCCUUUACACGCUCAGCAAACGCCAUGAGGACCACUUAAUCCCUUACAGUUUAGUACAGUCAGUGCAGGUUCAGACCAAGCGGCCAGUCAUCUUCUCACCGUCUCUGCUGUCCCGUGGUCUGAUAGAGAAGCUCCUGCAACCAGCACAGUCUGGAUUAAAGUUUAACACCUGCCAGCCAGAGCCCAUUCCAGCUUCAGAGAGACAAGACAAGAGAAUAUUCUUGUUGGAUUCUUGCAGUCCAGAGAAGGCCCUUGGCAUAAGGCUGCAGUCAAUACAGGAUGUCAUCAGCCAGGAUAAACACUGCCUGCUCGAGCUGGGCUUGUCCAGUGUUGAAGGCUUAUUGAGACUUGGGAUUUACCCCAUCGUCAUCCAUAUUCGCCCCAAGAACAAAAAACACAAGAAGCUGAGAAAGUUUUUUCCACGUUGUGGGGAGGACAGUGUGAUGGAGGAGCUGUGCCACGCCGAGGAGCUGCAGCUGGAGACACUGCCCAUGCUUCACUACACCCUGGAGCCCAACACCUGGAGCUGCACUGAUGAGCUGCUGGCUGCUUUACGUACCAACAUCCACAGCCAGCAGAGGGCGAUGGUCUGGGUUGAACUGGAUAGGCUGCCGUAGAAGAGAGAGAGAGAAUGUGUGUAGUACCAUGUAUGACUAGUGCAUGCGCCAGUAUCUACUAAGAAUUUCAAAGGAGCCCACACUAGGCUUGUGUACAUACAUUUUAACAUAAUUUUGAAAUUCUCAUAAUUAUAGGUCUCUAUAAUAGCCAAGCUGGACUGGCUAGAAUAAAUUUAAAAAACUGCAACUUAUUUGAGCCGCACAAGGAAGGUACAUGUAAGUACAAAUGUACUUACCUCAUUAAAACUGCAAUCUUCCCUUCAACUUACCACACCUAAGGUUUUAUUAUUAUACUUCUGUACUUCAAAACUAUAUUCAAUAACACAAGGAGCCUAGUUUUUGGUAUUUAGGCCACGGGUCAUUUAAUUAUGUUUUGAGUGAAAAGCUGAAGCUGUGAGAAUAUUAAGUGUGACAGAUGUUCUAGGUUAAGGGAACUGAAGCUUUUUUUUUCAUACAAUGAUAUCUGUGCAUUAUAGAUCUAGGCCAGUGUUUGUUUGGACAGUUACAUUUUAUGUCAGCCUGUUUUCUUCAGCUUUUUUCAUUUGAAGUGAAAUAAUGAACGCUCCAUUAAGGUGUCGAGUUUAGACGGAGUGGAUUCAUUAUUGUAUUUCAAUCUGAAUGUACUGCAAACUGAACUGAAUGCAAAGCAAAGAGCCUGAAACAAUA